AUGGCGAGCUUAUGGCGAGCCGUAACCGGAGGUCAGAGCAACAAUUCCAACGACUACGGAGGCGUCGAGUACUGGUCUAACCCAGAACGAACCGGUUGGCUANCGAAACAAGGAGAGUACAUCAAAACUUGGAGACGACGAUGGUUCGUGAUGAAACAAGGGAAACUCUUCUGGUUCAAAGAUUCCGACGUCACGCGCGUUUCACGUCCUCGCGGCGUCGUCCCCGUCGGUUCGUGUUUGACAGUCAAAGGAGCGGAAGAUGUACUCAACAAGCAAAACUCGUUCGAGAUUACGACGAGAGGAGAGACCAUGUAUUUCAUUGCCGAUUCGGAGAAAGAGAAAGAAGACUGGAUCAGUUCCAUCGGAAGAUCGAUCGUUCAACACUCGAGAUCCGUCACUGAUUCCGAGAUCUUCGAUUACGAUAACAAAUCUGUGUAA